CCUCGCCCGUGUUCUUCUUCCCAUAAACCUUUCUCUCCUUCCUCCUCACCCUCCCUCUCUCAGAUUCACCUCCCCAGAUUCCGGCCUCCCUCGCUUCGCCGGCCGCCGCCUCCCACCGAAGCGCAGCUGCCGGCCUCCUCCCAAUCGAAGGAAUUAUCUUCACAGAGGUCUCAGUCGGAUGUAAUGCUCUCCAGUUCUAACAAUGAAUAAUUCAGAAAAGAAGUCGGUGCGCUCCAUCCCUCCAAGAUCAUCACAGCGGAAAAAACAGUCCUCUUCUGAGUUGGUUUCUUCACCAAAAAGACCAAGUCGCCGCAAUACCUCCAGCAGUUAUAAACAAGACCAUUGUUCUCCUCCCAAGAGAACAGUAAGAACUGUCAGGAAUACUAAUCUGGCAAAAUAUAUAAAGGACAAAUAUUAUCGUAGUCCUCUGAGCCAGCGGCGGGCUUCAAAUACCGUUACUGGAAAAACUGCAACAGGACCAGUUAGGAAAAGGAAACGGAAACGGAGAAGGCACAAUACUGAUUGUGACGAGGCAACUCGCUUGGAAAGAAGAGCAAGGUAUUUGCUGAUCAAAAUAAAAGCGGAGCAGAAUUUACUAGAUGCAUACUCUGGAGAUGGCUGGAAUGGGAAAAGCCGAGAGAAAUUAAAGCCAGAGAAGGAGCUGCAGCGUGCUACUAAACAGAUCAUUAAAUGCAAAAUUGCUAUCCGUGAUAUCAUCCAUCAACUUGAUUUGUAUAGUUCUAGUGGGAACAUGGAUGAUUCUGUGAUGCCCCCAGAUCACUCUGUCAAUCCUGAUAAUACCAUAUGUUCAAAAUGCAAGUCUCAAGAAUCAGUUCCCGACAAUAAAUUUAUCUUCUGUGAAGGGGCUUGCAAAAUGGCGUAUCACCAGAAAUGUUCGGAACCUCCUUUAGAGAAAAUUCAUUCUACUGGUGGUCGUGGAUGGCUUUGUAAAUUCUGCUUGUGUAAGAUGGAAAUUUUAGAAGCUGUCAAUGCACAUUUAGGAACAAGCCUUACAGUGACGUGCCCCUCUAAAGAUAUUUUUAAGGAAGCAACUGAAAAUAUAGACUCUGAAGAUGGACCAGGAGAGGAUUGGUUAUCUGAGUAUUCAGGUGAUGAGGACUACGACCCUGAAGAAAAUGACUCCAUGAGCAGCAGCCUAGAUAGUGGUGAAGGAAGUAUAUCGGAUGACUCUAAUUGUUCGGGAAGUCCACUCUAUUCUCCAAACGAUGAUAUUCCAGGCUUUAUAUCAGCAGAUUUCACUGACGCUGAAGGAUUCUACACCAAUUCAAACUUAGGAAUUGAUUCUGGGGAUGAUUGUGUGGACAUGCUUACCUACCAAAGGCCAAAGAGAGAGGUUGACUAUAAAAGACUUAAUGAGGUGUAUUUCGCUGAACAAAACAUAUAUUUUUCGGUUGGAACUUUGACUGCCUUUCACCCUUCACAGGAAAUGUUUGGAAAGCUGACUGAGAAUGAAAAACAGAGUGAAGAUGAAGACUGGGGUAUUAAUAGGAGAAAGAAAAGAAGAGUGGAUUCAUCUGGUGUUAGAAUCAACUCUGCCGAGGGUUUCUCCGAUCUCAAAUCAAAUGAGAAAGUCCAACCGCAGAAGAGAAAACUUUUCCGAAUUCCUCCUGAGGCAGUUGAGGUGCUGCGUAAAGCUUUUGCUGAAAAUGAGCUUCCAGCCCGAGAUGUGAAAGAAAAUCUCUCUGCAGAAUUGGGUAUUUCUUUUGAAAAGAUUGACAAGUGGUUCAAAAAUACAAGGUGCGCUGCUCUCAGAGAUCGCAAGGCUGAAGGAAGUAGUUACAUUGAUGGUCGCAGCAAAGGCUCGAGAAGGAGUGUUGAAAAAGCUGGAAGUUCAGUCAAGGUUGAUUCAGUGGAUAAUUCACACCUUCCUUUGACUGAAAUCAUUAAUGUACCUACACAACUACCAGUAUUUCUCGAGAAGGGAAAGCCAGAGUCAACUGGUAGCACAGCAAGGAGGAGGCUACACAAUAAAGGAGCUUCCUUGCAUCUGACUGGCGAAGUCAAGGAGAGUACAUCACCUACAAUGAAGCCUUGCUCGAACACACACCCUAGUCAUCUAGCAGGUUGCCACAUCAGCACGGAGAACACUGGCCCCUCCAUUGAUCCUUUCUUCGAUGCGAUCCUGGCAUACCCCACCAUCAGCACUGAUGACAGAGUUGUUUCUGGGGAGGACCCUGUGGCCUUUGAUGACGAUCCGUUCCUGGAUGUGAUGCUAGGAAAUCGUGACGUCUAUACUGAGGUGAGAGUCGCUUCUCCCGAGGACGUGAAGCGGCCGUUGGACGACCAACCUCUCUUGGAUGUGAUGGAGAAUGUGUGCGGGCUUGAGUACAGGCUGCAGAGACUGAAGGAGGGCAUGCUAUCAUCAUCAGCGGCAGGUGGCAUUGGAACCGCUGAGCGUGACUCACAAAACCAGCUAGUGGUUCUUGUACCAGCUGCUGAGCUGAAGGACAAACCGCAGCCUGGCAUCUGAAAUUCCGAAUGCAAAUGCAUACUCCACAUGGGCAUUGUCUAUAGGAGUUUAUAUAGAAGAAUAUAGUGUAGAGAGAAAAGAAAUUAGUGGCUAUAGUCCAGGGUUCUUGCUGACAAGGCAAGGCCUGGUGUCUUUCUGGGGCCUCAACAGUGGUCAUACUGUAUGUCAGAUGAAAGUUUACCGUCUGUGUUAUUAUACAUGUCAGAUGUUACUGGUCUAAAUGGGCUAAGUUGUACACCUUUUGGGGUUCAAACUUUUUGAUUAGAAUCAUGUUUGGUACACAAAUUUUGGUGACCUGAACUCCCAGUUUGACCUGGCAGUAAAAAUCCAUAGAUUUGUUUACAAA